GUUCGCCCACAUCGCUUUUAGUUGCGGUUCGUACUCGGGCACGGCCUUGGUGCCAUGGCUAAUGUACUCUUACUUUUACUGGACCAAAGGGAAAAAACCUUUGUGUGAGAAACGUGCGUCAAUAGCGAGCUGAGAUAUAUGACUCAGGGUAUUCCUAUUAGGGGAGCUACUCGGGCUAGCGGGAUCGAGGUCGAUUUUCGGUCCGUGACGAAACCGACACGGUCUCUGCCCUGGUGCCAAGAAUAAAGGGACAUACGCGGAACGAGGCAUUUCAGCACCGGGCGGUGAGCGAAGGAAGCCAGAAGGAAGUAGACAGCCUUCGGAGAGUGUUUGUUGAGGCGCGAGUAAUACUACUUGGUUUCGCUGACACCGUUUCAGUCGCGCGUAAGCAGCCGACCGUUGCACGUAUCCGUAGGAACGACGACGGACACCAUCCAUGGGUUAUCCGCGUUCAAUUCUCUGGUUACAACAAAUCAACUGACUAACGCGAUUGCGAAAAGAUGGAACUGAACAGCAAUCCUGCGAUUUCUGCAAAGAAGUCCUCCAUUCAUGACGAUGAAACAACAUUCAAGCAGUCACUUGGCAAUGGCGGGACCUAUGGAGCUUUUCAAUCGAAAGAUCCCAUCUUAGCGAUAGAAAAGGGCGGUGAUGCUAUCAAGGGCGGAAGUAAUGAGCAUGGCAUCACCGUACAUCAUCCUACCUCGUACCUGGAAACCAUGAUGCAUCUGUUCAAGGGUAACGUUGGCUCUGGGAUCUUUGCGUUGGGAGACGGUUUUAAGAAUGCCGGAUUGCUGUUGGCACCACCGUUGACUAUUUUUCUAGGCGUCAUCUGCGUACACGCUCAACAUGUUCUCAUUAAAUGCAAUGAGGAGGUGACACGUCGUGUUGGAAAUGAUGCAGACACAAGUGGAUUCGCCGGAACCGUGGAGAUGUGCUUCGCUACCGGACCCCUUAGACUUCGUAAAUAUUCGAUUCUCAUGAGAAAAUUGGUUAAUGUAUUUUUGUGUAUCACGCAACUCGGAUUCUGCUGCGUAUAUUUCGUUUUUAUUUCUACAAAUAUGAAGCAGGUGCUGGACGCGCACGGGAUUGAGAUGGACGUUCACCAGCACAUGGCUGUAGUGUUGAUACCCAUUAUGCUUAGCACUUGGAUCAGAAAUCUCAAGUACCUGGUACCGGUAUCUUCGAUAGCGAAUUUCCUAAUGAUCGCAGGUUAUAUCGCGACCAUGUAUAUCAUGAGCCAUGACGUACCAUCUAUACAUGAGAGGAGAUACGUCGCGGAUUGGAAUAAUUUACCUCUGUUUUUCGGCACUGUGAUAUAUUCCUUCGAGGGUAUUACUCUAGUACUGCCACUGAAGAACGAAAUGAAGAAUCCUAAUAAUUUUAAUAAACCGCUGGGCGUUCUCAAUGUUGGUAUGGUGAUAGUCGGCUUUAUGUUCGUCGCAAUGGGUUUCCUGUCUUAUUUGAAGUACGGUAACGAUGUUGCCGGUUCAGUCACGCUUAAUCUCGCGCAAGAGGAAGUCUUGCCGCAAUGCAUCAAGACCGCUAUCUCAUUAAGCAUAUUGCUUACAUACGCCUUGCAAUUUUACGUCCCCAUCGCAAUAAUGUGGCCAGGCAUUGUCAAUAGAUUCGGUCCCUUUAAAUGGCCGGUACUCGCGGAAAUCAUUUUCCGUUCUGCCAUAUGUCUCACCACAUUUAUCCUGGCGGAGGCGAUACCGAAAUUGGGCCUUUUCAUAUCCUUGGUUGGCGCGGUCAGUAGCACCGCGCUUGCUCUCGUUUUUCCGCCUAUUAUCGACAUGAUCGUCUGCUGGCACAACACCAAUCUCGAUUUCUUCACAAUCACGAAGGAUGUGAUGAUAGUGCUGAUCGGCGUGUUGGGUUUCGCCACCGGAACAUACGAGAGCUUGACAGCGAUCAUCAAGUCAUUCAACGAGUGAACUCGAACAGUCUAUAAGCGCGCUUUGUACAAAUUAUUUUUAAUUUCCCUCUCGUGAAACGCGGACCAUGACACCACCUACGGUAUUUCCGCGUAUGCAAUCUGGUUUAAAUUCACACACAUAUACUUUUUCAAAUUUUGCAUGUUUGUAGAUGUCGACUUUUAGCCAUCCUAUGUAAUAAUAACUCAUGUGUGAUACUGAUAGGUGUAGCUGAUAAAAUGUAAUGGCUGUGGACGCCAAUGAUUGUUAUUAAUAAUAGUUAUGUUAUUAAUAAUAAUCAUUCAGACAACACAAACUCUUCGAUUUUUGUAUUGCUUGGAUAUCGUACUUUGUUUGGGUGUUCAAUAAACGUUUCCAUGUUUGGGCUUCCAUUCGUAAUAAUGAAUCAAAGUACAAUACGUGAUUUGCAUGACGUAAAAAAAAAUAGAUGAAUAAAAGUGCAUUGUUUUUUUCCGCAAUUAUAUAAGCAAAUUUUGCAGCAAAUGGAAAAAUAGAAAUAUAUUCACACACAUAGUACUUGUUAUAUUAACAUUAGAUUUUAUUUUACGAAUUGUUUUUGUUUUAAUUCUCUAAAAAUAGGAUACAAACUGGCGAGAUUAGUUAAUUCAUUCGAUAAUUAAACAUUCAAUAAAUAAAGUGAGUAAUAAUGUCAGUUAGAAAUAUUUAUUUUAUGUUAAUUACUGUUAAAUUUUCUGUCAAAAAAAGUCUUUUUUUACAGAAGUAUAUUAAAAAGUGAUAGAUUGUGACGGAUAAGAUUGUGUUUUCAGUAUUGCACGUUAUUGUAAAGCAAAUUGCAUGACUCGAAUGUUAAAAAUUUGUGCAUUAUAUGAAGUAUUCGCGAAACAAAAUUAUUUGUGACAAAAAUAUAUUUUGUUUACAGGA